ACAUACGUAGGCAAUGUAUUUUUCGCACGUUGCACUUUGUUGUGGUUUCACGUUUCCUAUUUUUAGACCCGUAUUUUGUUGGCGGACCGCAAGCUUCUAUUUCUCUUUCUUUUCACAUUGAUAUUCGUUUUCGACCGUUUAAUAAUAAAAUUGUACAUUCGCUCACACGAUCUUUCUAUUCAUAUGUUUACAACGUAUAUCUGCAAAUUACAGUCUUUGACCAUCGAAAAUAAUUGCACUCUUUUACAUUACAUCGAUAACAACAAUAUAAAUACAAGAAUUUAGUGACGAAUUGCACGCUUUAUCUAGAUAAGCGUCUUGAUUAGAGCUACAUUAGUACAAAUCUCUGGGAAAGUAUUGUUUAGAUUUUAGAUUCGUAAGCUGAUAGUGGUUUUUAGAUGACACAGCGCGGUGUAUAAUACGAUGACAAGCGAACAGAUUCUGUAUAGAAAAGAAAUUGUUCUGUGUAAAAGUGUCGAUCUCCUUUAGCACAUUGUUUUUCUUUGCAGUUUUAUCGUGUGUAAUAUAAAGUGGGGAUUCGUGAGAUUAUGGACGCCCCCUAGUAGCGUGCGUGCGUGCGUGCGUCACAACGCGUAGCGUCUUGCACGUAUACACUGUCAAGCCGAAAUCGCGGUGUUAGUUACAGAAAGAAGUGGCAACGAAUUGAUGUAAACAAGUAUAAUAAAGAUGAUGACGAUCAGUGGUUUUCUCGUCACGACGAAUUAUCGCGGUUGAACUUUUUAUACAUGAUUUUUAUACAUACCGUACGGGACAGAAAACGGAGCUAAUUUUCGUGCUACUGUCACGAGCCAUCGAAACAUGCUGUUCUCAGUGUCAAAGAAGCAGUCUGAAAAUAACGUGCAAAAUGUUUAGUUUUCAUAAGCCAAAGGUGUAUCGAUCUAGUACCGGAUGCUGCAUUUGUAAAGCCAAAUCAAGCAGCUCCCGGUUCACAGACAGCAAAAAAUAUGAGGAUGAUUUUAUGGAAUGCUUCCAGCUUGAAGAGAGAAGAACUGGAGAAAUUUGUAAUGCAUGCGUGCUUUUGGUAAAAAGAUGGAAAAAAUUACCGGCAGGAAGUAAUCGCAAUUGGAGACAUGUAGUAGAUGCACGUGCAGGACCUGGAAUUAAAUCGCUGACUAAAUUUAAAUCGAAAAAUAAAAAAAAGAUAAAAGAUUUACCGGAGAAGUUUGAAAAGAUUAUGAAGAAGAAGCACCUGUAUCUAAAAGCAGAUAGAGAUCGAGAAGAAAGCCCAGCAAUUAACGAUGACUUAGUAGAAGAUUAUUUGAACGGGAAUGGUAGCAAGGGUUCAAGUCGUGCUGGUAGUCCUAUAGGUAGUGAUGAUAUUCCAGUAACUGAAAAACAAUUAAACAUACAGGAUAAUCCAGAAGUAAAGGAUGACUUAACUGUUAAUGGUUUUAUCGAUUUAACGUACUUUAAAAGGGAAAUCAUUUGUUGUGGAACAAUAUUCAAGGGUCCAUACGGAGAAGUGAUAGUAGAUCCCUCGCUUAUAAAACCCUGCAUCGGUUGCAUAGCUAGACAACAACGACGGCAACAAACUAGUGCAAUGAGCUGCAGUCCUGCGCAUAGUUCUGCGUCGGCUAGUCCUGUCCACAGUUCGGCGUCCGCUAGUCCUGCCCAUAGUGUCGAGUCUGGUACCGAGGCGACGGUCUCGAAGCAAACAAGCAAAAUGUUCAGUGACUCGUCGUCCGAUUCCGGCUAUGACGAAUGUUCCAACCAAGGAGUUGGCGAGAGUAAGAUUACCAAAAUUAUUCAAAACACAAGUGCUACCGUAAAGCCGCCGGCAGUUAAAAUACAACCAUUGAAGAGUGUUCAACUAAAAGCUAUACCAGUAUCGGAAGCUGUCAGGUUAAAAACAGACGUGCCAAUCAAGUUGGUACCUAUCAAACAGAUCGAUCAGUUAUCUUGUAAGCCAUUAUCCUUAGUUUCGUCUGCCAAUGUCGCUUUAAGCAGUAAUAAUUCACACUCCAUCGUUACCGUCCCAAAUAAUCCACUCGUCGAUUUUGCCAUGCACGCAGCCUCCGCCAGGCAGUCAGUCUCUAAUUAAUGUCAGUCUCUCGUAGAAUUUUAAUUUAUAUUUUUUCUUAUCUAGUUAGAUGUAUGCUACGAUGCAAAUUCGUGUGUUGCGCAUUUCUAUCAUCACCGUACCAGUUAACAAAGGUCUUGGAUAAGGGUGUUUAAGUUUUAUCAUAUCCAGCACUAAGGGACAAGAGUUUAUAAUGUUAUAAAUGGCGAGAAGAAACUAAUUACUUGUAAUUAGGGUAAAUGUUAUUGAUGUGCAGUAGACAGAUAGUGCUCUUAGGAAUGGUUGCAGGAUCUACGUCCUUGGUCGUUGAUUGUUGACAAAAAAUAUAUAUAUAUAAAUAUGUAUAUAUAAAUAUAUAUUAUUAUGUAUGUAAUAUUGUCUUUCUGGACGUAAGAGUUCGCUCGUCGUCUAUCGGAUGAUUUUUAAAAAUGAUCAGCUGAAAAAGAGCACGAUUUUUCUACUGAACGCCGUUUGUAGGAUACAUGUAAAAUGCUCAUAAACUGCCAUAAAUUAGUAAUUGCUAUCUCUCGACGAGUGACAUCGACUCGCGGGAUGUUAUCAAUUAUUUUCUAUGCGUAAUAAUUAGCUACGUGCAUCAAAAUGCUGUGAUGAACAUUGUAAUGUAACGAAUUAGAAGAUUGUUAUUCAUGAAAUGGCAGUUUAUAAUUAAGCAUUAGUUAAUGUACUCUAAUGGUACGAACGUUUUCUUAUCCACGGCUUUUCGUUCUCUGGGUUAUCUAUCAUCGCAAUUAUCUAUGUGAAUAUUUGUAUAGAAGUUCCAAGAUGCCAAUCAUAAUACUUCAAACGUUUGGGUCCAAAAAUUAAAAACGAAAAUAAGAGAGAGCGGAGAAUUCACUUAGGGUCAUGAUAGCUACAUUGUACCAGGUGCAUUUUGAAAUGAUUCAUGCAAAGGUCCAUGACGUUAAAAUUAAGUAAUUCAACUUAAGAGAAAAAUGUAUUCAGGUACUGUAAAUCCUGGCCCGCAAAUAGCAAUAAUACGGAGGGUAACUUUAUUAUUAAAAUAAACGAAGUCUGUUACAUAGCAUCAUAUCACUAUGAUGAUAUAUUUAGGCAGUAUUAUUAGAGGAAGAAAAAAAAAUGAAUAAGAACACGGCAAUCAGAUUGGCAAACUGGACCAGAGAAACUUUGUUAUAAUAUUUCAGGGUGACUGCAUCAAUGUAUAAAAAGAAACAAUUGAUUAACACCAGAGUAGCGGCGAUUAUACGAAAUAAGUGUAAUGCUAAAUAAGUGAAAACUGUUGGUUCCUAGUUUUCAGAGAUGGGCACACGACCGAACAAAAGCACACAGAGGUACCUGUUCGAAACAGAUUACUGUGAUCAUUGGAUUAUCGUUUUUAACUCCUUCUUACAUAUUAACAAUGUCCUGUUUUCUUUUUCGAUACAUAAUCUUAUACGCACAAAAGCUAUCCAAAUUCUAACCCAGGAGUGACCACAUUUUUCUUAAAAUCAAACCAUUUCACGUGGUAUGCCUCUAAAAUAACAUGUACCUAUAAACGAUCAUAGAGAGAUUAACAGUAAUGCAUUUAUAGCUCACAUAAUCUUACGAAUGAAACCAAAGAUGUGUGAAAGAUAUGCAUUUAUUUUAUACCAGGGACAAAUGAUUCGGUAAAUAAUAUAAAUUUUUUAUUCGAGCACGUCGUUUGACUAUGUGAUCAAGACUAAGCUAGUGCAAUACUUGGUAAUUGAUCCUAUAAAGCGUCAUAUAUGAUACAAACUUCUUUAUACGUAUGUGAAAUUA